UAAUUGAGGGUUACUUCGUACACCAACGCUACUUUCUGAAAAGCGUUCAUCACCGAGAGUGGUAAUCGAAUCAUCGAAUUAGUAUAUGAGCGAGAGAAAGGGCGGAGGGGGAUGGGGACAAGUUUGGGGUGUUUUACUUCCAACGAUUUUGAUUUCGAUUUCGGGGACAUUUCCGUCGAAUCCAUCACCUCUGAAAGCCUUUCGCGAUUUUCCGCUAUUGCUUUGGUUUACUAUGAAUAUGAUCUUUGUCCUUUGAUCCAGAAGUUCUUCAGCAUUUCUCAAGCACAUUUACUUUCUAUAUCAUUUCAGUCAGUGAAUGUCUUGCCUCUGAGUUCUCUGAGGAAUGGAUGACCAUGGAGAAAAAUAUAGGAUGUCGCAUCAUAAAUGGAACAUCAUCCCAUCUGAUGCAGCAGAAUCUUGGAUCUUCUUUUUUGCUUGCCUUAUUGCUGCCUUAGUUGGAAUUUUAACGAUUUUCUACAGUAUCAAUCAACUGAAGCGAAAUUUUACUUUAAGCUUGAUGAAAACUAUUAAAGCAAGGUCUAGAAGGAAUCGGAAAUCAAAACAUAAAGCUCUUGUUGCUGCCCAUGUCUGGAAAAUAGAGUCUGCUUCUCGUGUAAAAGGUCUAAAGUGCUGUGCAUGUCUAGAGACCAUUUCUCCAUCACCAUCGCCUGGGCAGAGCAUUCACCGCUGUGAUGUUUGUGGUGCAGCUGCGCACUUGAAUUGCUCUUCAAAUGCACAUAAGGAUUGUAAAUGUGUAUCUAUGGCUGGUCUUGAACAUGUCAUCCAUCAAUGGGCUGUGCAGUGGAUAGAAAUAGCUGACCGACCUGAAGAAAUUUCUUUUUGUAGUUAUUGUGAAGAACCUUGUACUGGAUCUUUCCUUGGUAGCUUUCCAAUUUGGUCUUGUAUGUGGUGUCAACAGCUAGUACAUGUCGAUUGCCAUGCCAGCUUUGCAAAAGAAACGGGCGACAUUUGUGAUUUGGGUCCAUUUAAACGGCUUAUCUUAUCACCUCUCUUUGUAAAGGACUUGAACAGAACUGGAACUGGUGGGCUUCUGAGCUCUAUAACGCAUGGUGCAAAUGAGUUGGCAUCAACAGUACGGGAACGUAUCAGGAGUCGUAGUAAAAAGUAUAAGCAAAGCUCUGAAUUGCCUAUUGACUCAGCUCACAGCACUGGUGCUACAGACUCAUCCAUGGAGAGCGGAGGAGAUGGUCAUCAAACACUAAAGGGCUCUCAUGAAAAUGAUGAGCACUAUGAUGAUGUAACAGAAUCUAUGCAUCAAAGAGGUGAAAGUGAUGGCAAUGUGCAUGUAAGACCAAUUACAGAGAAAAUCACAUCAUUCACUCAACAUGAUGACUCUCGGGUAGGAAGCAAUCAGAGAUAUGAACUGAGUGAGUUGCCUCCUGAUGCUAGGCCAUUACUUGUUUUCAUCAACAAGAGAAGCGGUGCCCAACGUGGAGAUUCACUAAGGCUCCGUUUAAACAUUCUUCUAAAUCCUGUACAGGUAUUUGAGUUGAGUAGGGAUCAGGGACCAGAGAUGGGUCUGUCUUUCUUCAGAAAGGUACCUCGUUUCAGGGUUCUGGUUUGUGGUGGAGAUGGCACGGUGCGUUGGGUUCUAGAUGCGAUUGACAAGCAAAAAUUUGUAUGCCCACCCCCUGUUGCAAUUCUUCCAGCUGGUACUGGCAAUGAUCUUGCAAGAGUAUUAUCUUGGGGUGGUGGUCUUGGUUCCAUUGAGAGGCAGGGAGGUUUAUACACAGCUUUGAACCAUAUAGAACAUGCUGCAGUCACCAUUCUUGAUAGAUGGAAGAUAACAAUUGAAAGCAUGCAAUCCAAGCUUUCCCAACCUCCAAAAUUUAUGAACAAUUAUCUUGGGAUUGGGUGUGAUGCGAAGGUUGCUCUAGACAUUCAUAAUCUGCGGGAAGAAAACCCUGAAAAGUUCUACAAUCAGUUUAUGAAUAAGGUGCUUUAUGCAAAAGAAGGGGCAAAGAGUAUUAUGGAUAGGACAUUUUCAGAUUUUCCCUGGCAAAUCAGAUUAGAGGUAGAUGGAGUCGAGAUUGAAAUUCCUGAGGAUGUGGAAGGUGUACUUGUUGCCAACAUUGGAAGCUACAUGGGAGGGGUUGAUUUGUGGCAUAGUGAGGAUGACAAUUAUGAUGAUUUUCAGCCACAAUCCAUGCAUGACAAGAUGCUCGAAAUUGUCAGUUUUACUGGAACCUGGCAUCUUGGGAAACUUCAGGUCGGGCUUUCUCGAGCUCAGAAGCUGGCUCAAGGGCAUUUCGUCAAGGUCCAAAUCUUUUCUCCCAUGCCUAUUCAAGUGGAUGGAGAACCUUGGUUUCAGCAACCAUGUAAAAUAGAAAUAUCUCAUCAUAGCCAGGCCUUUAUGUUGAAGAGAGUGGCUGAGGAGCCUUUAGGUCAUGCAGUUUCUGUAAUCACUGAUGUUCUUGAAAAUGCUGAAUCUAGUGGUGUCAUCACCACUGCACAGAAGAGGGCACUCCUUCAAGAGAUGGCGGUGAGGCUUUCCUAGGAUCCUCCCCAUAGAAUCAGGUUUAUGUUCCCAAAUUUUGUAUAUUAGUCUUCUGAGGUUUGUUCAUUUUCUUUCUAGUAAGCAUUUACUUCCUUGAUGUCAGAAAGGUCAAAAUACAAACUUUUGCAGGUAUUUUGUAAAUACUGCAGUACUCCUAUGUAAAAUACUGGGGAAAAAAUACAGCUUACAAGAUUUUACCGUUUGUAUC